GACUUCCUGUUUGGCUGUUGAGAAAAUGGAGGAAAAUGAAAAGACUGUUUACAAUGUUAGGUUGUUUCUGGCUUCUAUUCUUCAGAAAGAAAAAAGUUGAAACAUAACUCUUUAAGUUAAUUAUGCUAAAGAGCAAAUGAACUCGGUCUAGCUGAUGGUAGAAGAUCUGAAAUGUUAUUUCAUGGAAUUCACGUAGACUAGCAGCUGUGUUCUUCUUCUUCUUUUUCUAUUUCUAUCUAUUAAUGAUGAUAUUGAUCUUUCUCCUCAUUUGGAAUAGGAUAUAAUUGGAAUUUUAUAAAUCGUGAAGGACAAAAUCUUUAAGCUAUCUCAACCCAUCAAUUUGAUGUUCCCAGAUGAAUUAUUGAAAGAUUCAGGCAGAGUUGUGAGUGAUCUGAGGGACAAACUUCAGUUGCUCAGAGAAUCUGUCACUGAACAAAAUGGGGAUAGCAUAGAGGUUCAAUUGUUUGUAAUGGCAGACACAAAUUAUGGCAGUUGUUUUGUUGAUGAAGUUGGAGCUUUGCACAUUGUUGCUGAUUGUGUCAUACAUUAUGGACAUACUUGUCUCAGCCGGACAUCAACCCUUCAGGCAUUCUUUGUUUUUGGAAAGGCUUCCAUUAGCAUAUCCAGUUGUGCUAAAAUUUUAUCAGAUGAUGCCUCGACCAGCAGCAAGCCUAUUGUGUUGAAAAGAAUACCGGGAAAGAACCCGAGACAUCAAGUCAAGGCCUAAAGGCGACUCGCACAAGAUAGAGAGACUAGUAUAGCAGCGGAGUGAGCUGUUGAGGAUUUCAGAGAUACUUCUGGACCCUUUGUCGGGUAUAAUUUUAUACCCUGAUUGUACAUAUUUAUUUUGAUGUAUGUAACUGUAUGUACAUUUGUAAAUUGAUCAUGAGCAGUUGUACAAAUUUUAUAAUAAUAUUAUUUUGGAUUUUCUGAUGUAAAUUUUGGACUGAUAAAUGUAAAUUAAUUUUUCUUUAAUGCAAUGUGUAUAAAAUUAAUUAUUACUA